CCUCGCCUUAACUAUUUGGCGUUGUCUCUCUACUAUACCAAAUUGUCCAUGGCUGGCGUCGAACGGUGCUUUUCCAUCAGUAGGAGGGCUAUCGAAGGGCGAUUUUCGCUCUCCAGCGCAAAUCUUAAGCGCACAAUGGUUUUUAGGAGCCGCCAAAGAUAGAAUCUUGCGUUUAGUAAGAGCCUCAAACAUACUACAUCGAUCAAAGAGGUCAGCUGGGCGCAAGACUAUGUG